ACUUUACCGCACGCUCACAACCAUGCCACCCGCAACUUCGGACACUGGGGCGUUGAACACGGCGCAUGUGCACGCCGCUAAUGCUGACGACUAUAUGGCCAAAGGCCUCCUCAUCCCCGCGAGCGAGGAACACUACAAGGCCGCGCAAGCCUUCCAGAUCUGCGUCGACCAGUCUCACGACGAGAGUGCCAAACGAACACUAAGGAUGCUCGUCAACGAGCAUAACAAAGUCGCCCGGGAGACGCAGCGAAAGAUAGAGAAGCUGCGUGAAGAAGGCAAGGACCCCGCCUUGCCACGGGUUCCGUUCAAGCCGCCUCCUUCAAGGAACUCGACUUCCAACCGAGCUGCUUCCCCGUAUAGUGCCACUGGGUCCAGACCGCCCGUUACUUCUCCCGACCAGAGCCGCGUUAACCGCCUGGUGGACUCCGGAGAUACGGUCGAAGAGUCUUUCAUGGUCCUUGGGCAGCAGUCUACGCAUGACCCUGGUGAUGCUUUCAAUCAGUUCUGGAAGCGCUUGCAGGAUGUAGAGGGUAUACUGGAAACAUUCGAUCGGCCGCUCGCCUUUGCCACCACGCCGUUGGAGACCCCGUCGUCCUCGAAACCUACGAAGCCGCUUGGGCGAGAAGGGAGCUCAAGCAGUGAUACAGACUUCGAAGAUCCUAUGGCUGCUACCCGCGCGAGAAUGACACAGCGCAGGCUGGGGAGGUCGACCGCGGCUAAAUCGAGCGCUACCACGUUCCCCCCACCCAAGCAGCCAUCACACGCGGUCGACCUGCGCGAUGAUCUUGAAGAAGUUUUCAUCGACGACGAUGAUGAUUUGGCGGAAUCCUUCUGCCUGAUCCCUUCGACCUCGGAGUCCCCGCCCGCCUCCCCUGCCGUCCUCCUUCGCAAAGAGAAUGCACAAUUGAAGGAAGAUCUGACGAGGGUGCAGAAACAGCUUGAGGCUGCUGAGCGAAUCAUGAAGAUGCGACGGGAACAGGAUGCUCAAUUGCGAGAAAGCAUGAUGAUGGCACGAAAAGAGGCGCAAAGGGCGAUGGCUUCGUCCAUGAUGGCUCAACGGACAGCCCAACCCCUGAUCCCAGGGCAGGUACCCGACAUUUCUCCCCUGAACAUCAACUUGCCUCCGAUGCCGCAGGGCAUCCCCGGUCCAGGUGGUCGGGAUCGAGAAGCCGGGCUCGUGAAGCGAGUACGAGAGCUUGAGGAAGAAGUCCGCGUGCUCAAGUCGGAGAACGAGAAGCAGAAAGCUAUGAUCACUCGAUUUCGAGAGAGGUGGGAGAAGCUGAAGGAAUCAGCCAAGCGGAAGAAACAAGCGAAAAGUGCGACAGCUGCCGUCGGCGACCGUAUCGACGAAGACCCCGAGGCCGAGGAGAGGGCCGAGGAGCAAGAGAAGGGCGAACGCGAGCAGAUCGGGAUGGGUUCUGCGGUGACGACAUGAUAACAAGCGCUGGGUGCUAUCGCCUGCUCCCCUAUCCCAUGUAUCCUUUUCUUCGCAUAUUCACUGUAGCAAUAGCCUCCGUCAGAUGACUGUAUACC